GAUCACCGGUCACGCUGGAGUCCUCGCCUGCUGUUUAACCCGCCAAGCUGGCGUCUUCCGUCGCGGAUCUGCUGCGGGCGCUGCAGCCCAACAUGGCGCUCAUGGGUGGACUAGGUGGGCUCGGUUCUUUCGGUUCGCUCGGGCCCUUCUCGGCGCUGAACGCCCUCACGGCCUCGACCACAGGUGCGGGCGCCGUGGGAGGUGGUUCCGGAGGCCCCGUCGUGCCCACGCCCUUGAUGGCUCUGCCUUCGCUGUCCUUCACCGCUUCGCAGGUGGCUGCCGUCUGUGAGACCCUCGAGGAAAGUGGCGACAUGGAACGACUCGGUCGCUUCCUGUGGUCGCUGCCCGUGGCCCACCCUCACCUCCACGACCUCAACAAGCACGAACCCGUGCUGAGGGCGCGUGCCCUAGUGUCAUUUCACGUGGGCAAUUUCCGGGAGCUCUACGCGAUCCUCGAAUCGCAGCGGUUUUCCAAAGCGUCCCACGCGCGCAUGCAGGCCCUGUGGCUGGAGGCCCACUACCAGGAGGCCGAGCGCCUCCGAGGGAGGCCCCUCGGCCCCGUCGACAAGUACCGCGUGAGGAAGAAGUUCCCCUUCCCGAGGACCAUCUGGGACGGCGAGCAGAAGACGCACUGCUUCAAGGAGAGGACGAGAUCGCUCCUGAGGGAGUCCUACCUGCAGGACCCUUACCCGAACCCCAGCAAGAAGAGAGAACUCGCGUCGGCGACGGGUCUCACGCCCACACAGGUCGGCAACUGGUUCAAGAACCGACGGCAACGGGACAGGGCGGCGGCUGCGAAAAACAGAAUGCAUCAGUUCGGAUCGACAGGAAUUCCUCCCUCGCGACGCGACACAGAUACCCGGUCUCCGCUGAACGAGGACGACGAGGAAGACCUCAUCAACCCAGGCUCCCCCAACGUCUUCGAGGACGACAUCUCCGAGGACGACGUCUCGCUGGACGCCCGUUCGCCCCCUCCACCCCCGACAUCUCUCCCGCCCGUCUCUCACCACCCGGUGGGUCCCAUGACUUCCUCGUCAGCUUCCUCCGCCAGUGAAAUGAGAGACACCACCACUAGUCUUCCACUCGUCCUCGACCCUAAGCCCCCAGUUCCCCCUCGAUCUCCUCCCCUCCCCGCUCAGGCGAAGGAGCACCACAUCCCCAAGGACCCGGACCGAAACGGCCGCCUGUCGUCGCCGGUGCCCAAGGAUGCCCACGACACGGCGAAGUCGCUCUUAUCGGAGAGUUCGAGCCUGAGCAUUCCCACGUCCUUGCAGGCCCUGGCGCCCGCCCUCACCAUUGCCUCCCUGGUGUCCUCCCACAAGAGACCCGCGUCCCCGCCGGAGCACUACGUCACGCCCAUCCGACCCAUUCCGGAGAGGCACGUCUUUGGCUACUCGUCCCUGCAGCCGAUGACGAAGCGGCCCUUCACCCUGUCGCCCAUCGGACCAAUCACAGACCGCCACUUCCUCUCCUCGGCAGGGGCGUUCCAGCCCAUCAGACUGCAAGCGAAGCAGAAGGAGGAGGCGUAAGAUAAGGACUUGGGGCGGCGAAGCGCGAAAAUAUAAAUACCGAUGUAUAUUUGGAACUUAUUUAUGUGAUAUAGUGUAAUGCUUGAAAACUGGAAAAAAAAAGGUUAAAAAAAAGAAAAAAAAAUUUAACUAUCCGCCUUUCUAAAAGCUCUUGGAUGCCUGUGACUGUGGAAGGAUGAUGAACUCUGUCGUUUGUUUCCGACUAAAUUAAGACAAAACUCUUCUUCUAACGCUCGACUUUGACUUUUGAAAAGCUACCACUACUACUACUCAUUUAGAUUCAUAUCAUACGGUGUAAUAUAGUUACGCAUUAUUCUGUAAAUAGUUGUAUCUCUGUACAAAGGCGUUUACUUGUGUACUAUGUGUCCGUCAUUCAAAGCCAAGAGUAUUGCAUGCACUUGCACAAUUUAUAUGGCCCUUAGAGGAGAAAGGACUGUAAAUAGCCGUAACUGGAGCUCUUUUCAUGCCUUGAAUGUGUGUGUUUUUUAUGUCAAGUUUCAAAACUCAGUCUUCGUGUGUCUUCCGAUAGGAAGAAACAAGGCCAGGAUUGAUAUAUAGAUAUACUAUAUAUAUAUA